ACUAAAAAAGAUGCUGAGAUGUGGAAAGAAAAAAGUGCAGAUAUGGAGGUAGAUGAGGCAGAAGUAGAGAAAAAAAUGGAACAAAAGCCAGGGAAAAAGAAAGUAGAUGGAAUGAACUCUAAAGUGAAGGUAUGGAAGAGGGCACCAAAUCAAAGGGGCAGACUAAAGAGAAACUCAGAAAAAUUGGGGCACAGAAAGAAGAACCAUGGAAGAAAAAUGUUGUAUUCUAAAGGAUCAGAAGGAGGGGAGGGGGGAACUGAAAUGAGAUUUGUGGUGAACAUGAGAAAAAAAGGGGAACAAGAAGGCCUGAAAGAAGUUUUUGGGAUUCCAUGGUUUUAUUGCAAAUAUAGGGAUAUCAGAAUGAAUGGUCAUAGUUUUACACUGGGAAAUAACAAAGAACAAGAGAGGUUUGUAGAGGAGAAGCUUGACAAAUUUUUUGGGUCUUUGAUUGUCUAUCACUUCACCCAAACUGUUGUAGUGAAACUUAUUUUAGGAGUGCUUCUGAUCAUAGUAUGCUUGCGCUUGAGGAUGAACCAAAUAUGGUUUCAAUUCGAUAAAAGAUGGAUAAAGGUUGAGGGAGUGAAUGAUAUUAUUCAACAGGCCUGGAACUUUCCCCAAACAAAAACUCCAAUGUUCAAAGUUAUAGAAAAAGUCAAGAAAACUAAAAUGGCCUUACUUAACUCAGAUAUGGGACAUAAUAUGGAUAUAGUAAGUCUCGCUUGGGCUGCUUUAAUGGUAGUCUUUACAUUUUCCCUUUCGCUCGUAGUGUGGAGU